AUGGGUGAUCUCUUGGGAAAGUGCCUACCUGUACGUCAAAUGGCAAAACUGCCAGCGAGGGUCACCGGUGGUUCCCACCCGAACGAGGCCUUUGCAACUGGCAAGGUUCCGACUCAAACCAUUUUACUAUCGCCAAACGAAACUCUUCUGGUCAUUAAAUACCACUAUCCCGAAGGAAUAUUGGCUUUUUGUGAGUGCACUUACACAGAGGAUCUAAGCACUGUAAGCUUGGCUUACAGUAAUCCCAUUUUUAUCCUUUUUGAUCUGCCUAUAACAGCACUUCAAAGCAGCACAAUUUACAAUAUAACUUCAUCAAGGCCACUCAUUCAGAACAAAACCCUUGUCUCUCCUCGUAAAAUCUUCGAGCUCGGGUUCUUCGCGCCUAAUGGAUCAGAAAAGCAGUACGUAGGAAUAUGGUACAAGAACACGACUUUCUCCAAAGUUGUCUGGGUGGCCAACAGGGACAAGCCACUUGGACACAAAGAUCAAUCUGCGAGUUUGAUAAUUAGUGGAGACGGAAAUCUGAAGCUUCUUGAUGGGCAACAAAAUACUGUCUGGUCUACAAAUGUCAUGGCGAAGUCUAAUUAUUCUGCAGCAGUGCUUUCAGACUUUGGAAACCUUGUUCUUCAAGACGGGAAUGCAAAUGAAAUGUGGGAAAGCUUCGAUGAGCCAACCGACACUCUCCUGCCAAACAUGAAGAUCGGAGUAAACGUGAAAACAGGAAAGAAAAAAUACUUGAUUUCCUGGAAAGGUGAAGAUGAUCCUUCGCCCGGAAGCUUUGUCCUUGGAGUGACGUCGGAGACACCGCCUCAGCUUUUCGCUUGGAAUGGAUCAAGUCCAUACUGGAGAAGCGGACAGUGGGAUAAAUCCAAGUUUAAUGGAAUGCCGACCAUGAGCAACACAUAUCUGAGUGGCCAUGAGAUCCAGCAAAAUAUCGACCAGGGAACAACGUAUUAUUUCCGCAAUAAUUACAACAACUCCUUCCUUGGAUACAGUUUCAUCUCUUCAGAAGGAUCUAUAGAGUCUCUUCGUUGGGGCGAUGGAUGGUCAAUAAUCUGGGAAGUAUCACGAACUAACCGGUGUGAAAUUUAUGGAACAUGCGGUCCUUUUGGAGUUUGCAACACGUUUAGUUCACCUUUAUGCAGUUGCUUAAAAGGGUUUAAACCAAGGUCAGAUGAAGAGUGGAACAGAGGAAACUGGACCGGAGGGUGCGUUCGGAAAAUGGAAUUGAAUUGUCAGAAAUCCACACGUGCAGCAGCUAUGACGACUGUGGAAAAAGACGUGUUCUGGAAAAUAAAACAUAUGAAAUUGCCUGAUUCUGCUGAUUAUUUGUCAAACAUAGCUGAUGCAGAAGGAUGUCGAAGUUGGUGCCUAGGAAACUGCUCGUGCUUGGCCUUUUCUUAUGUGGAUACUGUAGGAUGUAUGACUUGGUUUAAAAACCUCAUAGAUACUCAGCAAUUCUCCAGAGAAGGCAGAGAUCUAUUUAUUCGACUUGUGGAUGUGGAUAAAGGUGUACCUACGAAGACAAAACUCAUCAUCAGCUUAAGUACUAUUUCUGGCAUCAUGUUAUUCGGAGCUGGCAUUUCAGUGUGUGGUCUUUUCAAGUGGAGAGGGAAAUUUAGGAAAAUGACAAUCCCAAGGGUCCUUAAUUCAAAGGCCACAGCCAACAGAUCAGAGGAAUUGCUGAGGGAAACUGCAUGGAAAGAGCAAAUGAAGCAAGGUGAUGCAUCGGAAUUAAUGGUUUAUGAUUUGGACAGCAUACUCCUUGCAACAAACAACUUCAACAUGAAGAACAAACUCGGGCAGGGAGGGUUUGGCCCUGUUUAUAAGGGAAAGCUGAACGGUGGUAAGGACAUAGCUGUGAAAAGACUUUUGAGCAGCUCAGGCCAAGGCAUUGCAGAGUUCAAGAAUGAGAUCCUCCUGAUAUCCAAACUUCAACACCGAAAUCUGGUGAGACUUGUUGGUUACUGCACUGAAGGAGAAGAAAGGAUACUAGUGUAUGAGUACUUGCCGAACAGGAGCUUGGACGCCUUUCUUUUCGAUUCAAAAGAGAAGGCAAAACUCAGUUGGGGCAUCCGCUUCGACAUUAUCCAGGGCAUUGCAAGAGGGCUGCUCUACCUCCACCGUGAUUCAUGCCUCAGGGUCAUACAUCGAGAUUUGAAAGUGAGCAACAUUCUCUUGGACGAAAAAAUGAAUCCCAAGAUUUCAGAUUUUGGGCUAGCGCGGAUGUUUGAAGGCACUCAAGUUUUCGUAAAUACUCACAAAGUUGUGGGGACACUGGGUUACAUGUCUCUCGAAUAUGCCAUGGGUGGGAUAUUUUCUGAAAAAUCUGAUGUUUAUAGCUUUGGCGUACUGAUAUUGGAGCUUAUCAGCAGCAAGAAGAACACAAGUUUAGAUUACCAUGGACAGCAUCUCAAUCUCCUGACCUAUGUAUGGCAUUUGUGGUGUGAAGGCAGAGGAUUGGCCCUAAUGGAUAAAGCCAUUGCUGACGCAUUUUCGCUGUCAGAAGUGAUGAGAUGCAUUCAAUUAGGACUUCUCUGUGUGCAGGAACAUGCCACAGAUAGACCCGACACGUCAGCUGUGGUUCUAAUGCUAAGUGGGCAGUCUGAUCUUCCACAGCCAAAGCAACCAGCAUUUACAUUUCAACGCUCAACGACUCAUGAAGUCCGAUCACAAGAAGAAAACAUUUGGUCCAGGAAUUCCAUCACCAUUACUAUGGCUGAAGGAAGAUAAAACUCUCAUAUGCAUUGUCUCUGACCAAUUCAACUUUCCCGGAAUUGAGUGUUUGUCAAAUUAUCUGCUUGAAUAACUAAUCUGUCGUUGCACUAUUACGUUGAUAUAUGAUGUAAACAUAGAGACAGUGAGGGGUUCCCAGUUGCCAUCGCUCUAUUAGAAGAGUUUUAUGUGUGCACGGAGGCACAAAAAUUCAGA